AUGUCUCAGCGACUGUGUCCUCCAUGCACCAAGGCAAUUCUCAAGAUUGACGCGGUGUCGCGGGACGAGCCGGGAAGCACAGUCUACGAGCUCACAGAAGAGCGCAAAGCCACACCUAUUUCAAAGGCCGCCGCGAAGUGUGCCUUGUGCAAUCUCGUUCACACAUAUCUCACACAAUAUGCCGACAGUGCACUGCCAGACGAUGACGAAAGAAGCAGCUAUUAUGAAAAAUGGGAGACAAAACCAACGGCCAAAAUAGAAUAUAUCAUGUUUGGCCGCACGCUGGAUACGACGGCUGGGGAAGAGCUUUACCCUGACGACAGUCUUUUCUUAUCCAUGACCCGAGACCUUCGCUCCUUUACAUUCAAUGUGUGGGUUGAAGAAGAAUUUGCCAACAGUACCAAUUACCACCCAGAGUGUACACAAUCAAUCAGUGGGGAGGUGUUAGUCGAAGGCGAGACACUGUUGCCGGCCCGAGUCUUAGAGGUCAAUGUUGAGGGCAACUCCGACAUCGUCAGGCUCAGGGAGACAGACAACGAAAAGGCUCGCUAUUGCACACUGAGCCACUGCUGGGGCACCGAGGACAGACGCCCAUAUACGGUCACGACCGGCAAUCUUGAGAAAGCCCUGUCCGGUCUGCGCCUGACGGAGUUGCCCAGGACUUUCCGCGAAGCAAUAGCUAUGACCCGAGCUUUGGGCGUAGAUUACUUGUGGAUCGAUAGUCUGUGUAUAAUCCAGGACAGCGAGAGUGACUGGCUUGCGCAAUCUCAGCAAAUGGGGCGGAUCUAUCAGGGAGCCUUUGUGGUAUUAGCUGCUGCCGACUCCGAGAACGCGACAGAAGGCCUUCUUGUCACUGAGAGGCACCCUGAGCUGACUGUACGGAUCCCCGGCUCAGCGCUGGGGCAGAAGAAUUCCGGGACAACCAUCAAUCUCAACCUUAUGACUCUGCACGAAUCGGACCCAGACCAAAGCAGAUUAAGGUCACGAGCAUGGGCGUUCCAAGAAUGGCUCCUUGCCCGUCGGCUGCUCUUAUUCAUGCGCGGUGGAAUAACUUGGAAAUGCAAGAAAAGAGGUCAUUCAGACGCACCCCUGGACCAAAUCCUCCCAUGGAGAUAUACCCUUCUUCCAGAAACGGAACAAGGUGCUGGCAAGGCUGAGCUGGAGCGAUGGUUCAGCUUAAUUUCUUACUAUUCAUCCACUAACCUCACAGUCAAGACCGAUCGGCUCAUAGCAUUGCAAGGGGUGGUCAACGAAAUCAACCUCCGACGCCAACAAAAAUAUUUCGCGGGUGUAUGGGAAAAGGACCUAGCAGUCCAGCUGGCAUGGCAUUGCGUGUCGGACAACUCAAAGGAGGAUUUGCCGCACCUGCCAAGCUGGUCUUGGGCGGCAAUGGGCGGACGGAAAGAUUACGCCUUCACGGCCGGCUUUCGUUACUACCCAGGCAUGUCGACCGAGGCUGAAAGUUCCGUCGCUUUCGACAGUUUGGGCAAGAUAUUGAUUGCCAGCGGGGAUCUCCGACGCGUCCUGUGCCGGCAAGUCUAUCUCUCGAAUAACCCAACAAGCACUCUGCCGACAAAGGCGAGUGCUGUACGCAGACGCUUCUUCUUUACUGCUAUGAGGAGAUCGAGGAUGAGGGGAUAUAGGAUCGCGAUCUACGAACUAGCCCUCGAUGCUGAAUCAGAGGGCAUCGGAGCUGUCAUAUUUGAUUCGCAACCAGUCCUCGACGUAUACAUGCUCCCCCUAGUCUCCUUUGAGGGGGAUAGAUGGAGGUAA